AAAGACCUCACACGAAACGCAGGGGGGUCCCUAACAAACAAAAGUACAGCAGAAGUCCUAGAGGCCAUAAAGAAACUGGCUGUGCGUGAGGAGAAUGCCAUGGUGGCCAGAGUACAACUUCACAACAUGCGACAGGACAGAGAUGAGCCCAUCCGAAGUUUCUGCGCACGACUACGUGGCCAGGCAAGCAUUUGCAAAUUUCUCAUCACCUGCCCCGGCUGCAACACAGAGGUCAACUACACAGAGAACAUACUCCGUGACGUUGUCACCCGCGGUCUGGCCGAUGAGGAAAUCCAGCUCGACCUCCUUGGUGAAAAAGAUCAAGAAAUGUCACUCGAGGAUGUCCUAAAAUUCAUUGAGGCAAAGGAGUCGGGGAAACGGUCAGCGGGGCGACUACUACAAACACAAGGCGCCGAGGCCAUUCGAAGCCAAUAUCGCAACAUGAAGCAAAGCGAACACAAAAAUCGUAAAUCCUCAGACCAACAUGGUACGGGAACCUGCAAUUACUGUGGCAAACAGGGCCACGGUGUCAAGGCCCCACCCAAGAUCAGGAAACAGGAAUGUCCCGCAUAUGGAACCACCUGCCAGUUAUGUGGUCGUGCGAACCAUGUCGCAAUCAUGUGCCAAAACAAAGACAAACCACUUGGCCAAAGCCCCCACCACGUGACCGAUGCAGGAAAACACACAGAAAACGCAGUCUUCGAUGCCCUCUGCAGUGUGAACAGCUCCAGCGAUGAUCAUGCCAUCCACGGCAUCUCCCUGGACCAUCACCUCUACGACAACCUUAGCAAUCGCUGGAUUCGUAGUGCAUCACAGCCACAACCCUACAUCUCGCUUACCGCCACCAUACAGCCAGACGACUACACCGCCCUCGGUUUUCACCCAGUGACUAACAAGCCAAAAUCAGCCCAACUACCCGCCAUGGCAGACACCGGGUGCCAAAGUUGCCUCGCCAGCUUGAGUGUCAUCCGCCGCUUCGGGCUAAAUGAAGCAGAUCUCAUACCAGUAACUACACGCAUGCAUGCAGCCAACGGCACUGGCAUCCCAAUACUUGGAGCCGUAAUCCUACGCCUGACAGGCAAUAACCAGCCUGGAUUGGAAGCCAAAACAAGGCAGAUCGUCUACGUCACCAAUGAAUCUGACCGCCUGUUCCUAAGUCGGGAAGCAUGCAAAGACCUCGGGAUUAUCUCAGAGAGCUUUCCUACGGUUGGGGAAAGCCUAUAUCACCCAACCAGCGACAGCGCCGCCAUCUCGUCCAACAAGGGGAACACAAUGGACACACCAGACAACUCAUGCACCUGCCCACGACGCCAGAUGCCCCCACCUAAGCCAACGGAGCCACCAUUCCCUGCAACAGAAGACAACAGAGCAAACCUACAGGAAUGGCUCCUCGAUUAUUAUAAGUCCAGCACAUUCAACACCUGCGAACACCAACAACUUCCCCUAAUGGAUGGCAUACCAAUGAGACUCAUGGUCGACCCCGAAGCCGAACCCGUCGCCCAUCACACCCCCAUACCGGUACCCCUCCACUGGCAGGAGGAGGUGAAGGCCGACCUAGACCAAGACGUGGCACUCGGCGUUCUUGAGCCUGUCCCAGUCGGCGAACCAGUCACAUGGUGUCACCGCAUGGUAGUCUGUGCUAAGAAAAAUGGAAAGCCCCGCCGGACCGUUGACUUCCAAUCACUCAACCUCCAUGCCACACGCGAGACCCAUCACACCCAGAGCCCAUUCCACCAGGCACGCUCAAUACCUUACAACACGAAGAAAACAGUCUUUGACUGCUGGAAUGGAUACCACAGUGUGCCACUACACCAGGAUGACCGCCACCUCACCACAUUCAUAACCCCCUGGGGAAGAUACCGCUAUAAGACAGCUCCCCAGGGAUACAUCGCCUCCGGUGAUGGGUACUCCCGACGGUUCGAUGAGAUUGUCUCCCACGUGCCAAACAAGACAAAGUGUAUCGACGACACUCUCCUAUGGGCGGACGACAUCAACAGCAGCUUCCACCAGGCAGUCAAUUGGCUUGACCUCUGUGGUCGACAUGGCAUCACACUCAAUCCAGACAAGUUUGUCUUCGCAGCUGACACUGUCGAGUUUGCCGGGUUUGAAAUUACACGUAACAGCGUACGCCCUUGCCAGAAAUACCUGGAUGCUAUCCGAAAAUUCCCCACACCUGUUAACGUCACCGACAUGCGGUCGUGGUUCGGACUGAUCAAUCAGGUAUCAUAUGCCUUCGCUGCAACCGAACGCAUGCUGCCAUUCCGAGCAUCACUCAAGCCUGGCACCCAGUUCACCUGGACCAAAGAGCUUGACCAGCUAUUCGAAGAAUCCAAGUCUAUAAUCAUCAGAGAAAUCGAGGACGGCGUCCGCAUCUUUGACAAAUCAAAGCCUACAUGUCUAGCAACUGACUGGUCCAAAACUGGCAUCGGCUUUUGGCUACUUCAAAAACACUGCAAAUGCCCCUCCACGGCCCCAUUCUGUUGUCGCAGUGGAUGGAAAGUGACAUUAGUAGGCAGUCGCUUCACUCACGCAGCAGAAUCACGCUACGCCCCAAUCGAAGGUGAGGCUUUGGCUGUGGCCGAUGCUCUGGACAAGGCUCGCUUCUUCGUCCUAGGCUGUAGCAACCUAAUUGUCGCCGUUGAUCACAAACCCCUAUUGAAGGUAUUUGGUGUUCGGUCCCUUGAUGAAAUUCCCAACAGCCGGCUCAGGAACCUCAAAGAGAAGACCCUCCGUUACAAGUUCCGCAUGGUCCACAUCCCUGGAGCAAGACACAAAGCUGCGGAUGCCAUCUCACGCCACCCAACGGGCUCAACAACCCCUGAAAUGAUGACGCUGCCUGACGACAUAGCUACCAUCGAUGCCUCCAACAGCCCUCACCCAGCCAACGCUGCCCUCGCAAGCCUUCGCACUAGGGAGCCACCAGAAGAAUCCUGCUCCUACGGAAAUACAUCCCUGUCCAAGCACCACAGCCACCACGGAUACUCAACGAUGACCUCAAAUUCAUCAGCCGAGCAACCCAAGCAAGACCGAAAGAAAGCCUAACCAAACUCCCAAAAGGCACAGCAACAACAAGCCCCACUGGAAUUUCCGUCGAAACACCCACACGACCUAGCCCCCCGCUCACGAGAGACACUGGGCCAGGAACUGGGACAACAGGCAGUGAUACACCAACCAGACCACCAGAAACCGAGCCAGGAUCAGCGGAAGCAUCCGAACCAGUAAGCCCAGCCAAACCACCAUCCAACCCCCCACUCGAGAA